AUGCGUCCAGUAUUAGAAAUCAUUCAAGCUAAGAAUAAUCGUCUCGAACAACUAAUUAAUGAUCAACAACAACAGAUCACAAAUAUCAAUGAACAAUGUCAAUCGCAACAACGUCAAAUUGAUGAAUUAACUACAAUAAUCAAAGCUUUGAAAGAUCAUAACGAUAUUUCAAUAAAGCGAAUGCUUGCCUUCGAGGAUUUGAUCGGACCACAUGUCGAUCUGGAUUCGUGUCAUCCUAUUCCUUCUAAUUAUGCUGAUUUUAAAUGGUGUAAUGGUGCCUUUAUGCCUCGACAGCAUGGCGAAACACGUUAUCCAAAUACUGGUUUUGACACUGUUUUUAAACAAGGUCAAAAAUGUGUCGCAUUCAAUUUCGGUUGUCAACCAAUGACUAUGCGCGAUUGUCGAAGAAUUGAAGAUGUUUAA